AUGUCGCCCGCUAGCGAACAAAGUUCGCAUAGCUUAUGGAUACACACCUACUAUAACACGGAUGUUGUACGCAGUCAAGUAAUGGUGGCUUUUGCCGCGAUUGCUUUGUACAAUGCUGUUGAACUCGUCGCUCUUUGCUUCCUCUCCUUUAAGCGAAGACGGGGCUCUUACUUCUGGAGCCUACUCAUCUCGUCAGCUAGCAUUUUCCCACACUGUCUGGGAUUUAUCAUGCUCUUCUUCACCGGAACCUCGCCAUAUUUCUGCGUCACUCUGAUAGCUCUAAGCUGGUGUGCCAUGAUAACUGGCCAAUCGAUAGUGCUAUGGUCCAGGCUACACCUUCUGCUGCAAAACACCAAAGUUCUCUGGGGAUUGUUAUGGAUGAUCAUCAUUAACGCCAUUCUCUUCCACACACCGACAAUAGCACUGCUAUACGGCACCAUUGCUGCACCUGAAAGCCAUUUUGCUAGAGGCUAUGCUGUAAUGGAACGGAUUCAGCUGGUCGUAUUCUGUAUUCAGGAACUGGUCAUUUCGGGUAUAUAUGUCUGGCAGGUAUUGAAACUGCUACGGUUACGCCCGGAAGGCACGCGACAUGAUGUCUUGCACCAGGUACUCAUUAUCAACAUGAUUAUCCUCCUCCUCGAUGUCUCUGUCGUCUUGAUCGAAUAUGUGGGGUUCUAUACGGUUCAGGUCAUGCUGAAACCCGUCGCUUAUAGUAUUAAACUCAAACUCGAAUACGCUAUCCUGGGGAAACUCGUCAUUAUUGCUCGAGGAUCUCCUAAUGGGGAUGAAGUACCCUCUAGCAUGCACGAAAUCGAUUCUUGCCAUUCGUUACGAGAGGAACCAUCUCUUACUGAGCAGUGUGCCAAUUUCUAUCGACAGUACAGUCCUCCUUGGUUUUGGGAGAAUCCACAACAUUCUAGUUAUGAUUCCUCGCCAAUGUGA